UCAUCCCGUGCUGGACUUCAGUUCCCUGUCGGUCGUAUCCACCGUCUUCUGCGUAAGGGAAACUAUGCCCAACGUGUUGGUGCCGGAGCUCCAGUCUACUUGGCUGCUGUUAUGGAAUAUUUGGCUGCCGAAGUGUUGGAAUUGGCAGGAAAUGCUGCCAGAGACAACAAGAAAUCCAGAAUUAUUCCCCGUCAUUUACAGUUGGCCAUCCGUAACGACGAAGAAUUAAACAAACUUUUGUCUGGAGUGACCAUCGCCCAGGGUGGUGUUCUUCCCAAUAUUCAGGCUGUUCUUCUCCCCAAGAAGACCCAGAAGCCUUCUUCCAAGUAAGCGCUUUCGGUGAUGGUAUUUUUGGCUUAAUCUAACGGCCCUUUUCAGGGCCCCUCAUUUUCUAUGCAUAGUCUUCUUGCCGGUUU